CUGAAUCUCUCUCUUUCAACUGAAGUUAUAGUUACUGUAGUUUCCUUGUUCCAUAGCAUCAUCUUCUUCUUCUUCUUUACCAUUAGGAGAAACGGAAAGGAAGACCCACUAAGAAGAACUCUACUCUCUCUCUCUCUCUCUCUCUCUCUCUGCUAAAGAGAGGGAGCAGUCAAGGAGCUUCAGUGGCUUCGUCAUCAAUCUGAGAUUUCGAUUCCACCAAAUAUUUUGAUCCAGACCAAGUUUUUGCAGGCUGACCCGGAAUUUCAGAAAAAUACAACUCGUUUACUUCUUGUGGUGGAUUAUCCUUGAUCCGAAAACCUGAGGAUUUCGCAUAUAGUAAUGGUGUGCAAGGGUUUGUUCUUUCUGUUGUGAAAUGGGUUUCUUUGAGGAGAUGGAUUUCUGUGGAAAUCUGGAUUUCAUUUCAGCUCAUGCUGGGGAAGGUCAGGUGGUUCCAGGACCAGAGGCAAUAGUGGAGGAGGACUCUAGUGAUGAGGAACUGGAUGUUGAUGAGCUCGAAAGGAGAAUGUGGAGAGAUCGGAUUCUAUUAAGGCGUCUUAAAGAACAAACUGAGGGAAAGGAAGGAGCUGAGCAUGCAAGGCAACGACAAUCACAGGAACAAGCUCGGAGGAAGAAGAUGUCACGGGCACAAGAUGGAAUCUUGAAAUACAUGCUGAAAAUGAUGGAAGUUUGUAAAGCUCAGGGUUUUGUUUAUGGGAUUAUACCUGAAAAAGGAAAACCAGUAAGUGGCUCCUCUGACAAUCUUCGAGAAUGGUGGAAGGAGAAAGUAAGAUUUGAUCGUAAUGGUCCAGCUGCCAUUUCCAAAUAUCAGGCAGAUAAUGCAAUCCCUGGCAUGACGGAGGAUUGCAAUUCAGUGGCAUCUACUCCACACACCUUGCAGGAGCUCCAGGAUACCACUCUGGGUUCACUUUUGUCAGCCCUGAUGCAGCACUGCGAUCCACCCCAACGACGUUUCCCAUUGGAGAAGGGUGUAUCUCCACCAUGGUGGCCAACUGGUAAUGAGGAAUGGUGGCUGCAAUUGAACUCGAGCAAGGAUCAGGGCCCUCCGCCAUACAAGAAGCCUCAUGAUCUGAAGAAGGCAUGGAAGGUCAGUGUUCUCACAGCUGUAAUCAAGCACAUGUCACCUGAUAUUAACAAGAUCCGCAAGCUUGUUCGUCAGUCAAAAUGUUUGCAGGACAAAAUGACUGCCAAGGAGAGUGCCACAUGGCUGGCAAUUAUACACCAGGAGGAAGCUUUGGCCAGGAAGAUGUUCCCGGACAUAUGUCUACCUUCAUCUGCUGCUGGGAGUGGGUCUCUUGUAAUCAGUGGUACUAGUGACUAUGAUGUUGAAGGGGUUGAUGACGACCUUGAAGAUGAGGAUUGCAAACCUAUUCUGAAUCACUUCAAUAUGGGAAGUAUUGGACAAGGACCUCAAAAUAAGGGAGAACUUAUCGAGACCAACUCAGUUUUUGGUAAGAAGAGAAAGCAGCGUCAGGCUGAAGAGCCACAAAUGAUGCUCAAUCAGAAAGCUUACACCUGCGAAUUCUUGCAAUGCCCAUAUAAUGAUUGUCGCAUUGGUGGCUUUAGUGACAUUACUGCUAGAAACAAUCACCAGAUGAGUUGCCCAUACAGGAAGAAUUGUCCAGCAGUAUUUGCAAUGCCAAACUUGCUUAACAAUGGCAAGCCUGUGGGCUACCCUCUACCAGCAGCUCAAGCUAAGCCCGCCAUGCUACAACAGAUGAACCAGUCAGGCCCCUUCGAUGUUUCAGGACUGGGACUUGCAGAUGAUGGGCAGAGAAUGAUAUCCCAGCUUAUGUCGUCAUAUGAAGGCAAUACUCUGCAAAACUCAAAUCCUGGCAACUUCAGUGUCGUGCAAGACCACAACCACCACCACUCAAAAUAUCGGUUUCCAGUGAAUGAUAACUUUUAUGGUCAAGGGAUGACUAUGGAUCAUAACAAUGUGCCUGAACCCAACCCAAUCCCUAUGCAUCAACAAGUUUUCCCACCGCCAGAAGUUCAGUUUGAUCAGUGCAAGGUAUUUGACUCUGCAUUUGGUAACAAUUCAAAUGAUGCUAUUCCUGACCUGAGAUUUGGAUCUGGAUCUCAGUUUAGCUUGCCGCAGUCGGACUAUACUUCUGGUAACUCACUGAUGAAGCAAGAUGCAUCAUCGUUUUGGUACAUCUGAACAAGUUUUAUCUCGGCUUCUCCAAUAUAUGGAUGAGUCUGUAUAUUAUGGGGGGAAAAACGAGUCUAUCUUUUAUAGUCUAUACACAGUCUUUCUUUCUCAUCCUGUUAAGGUUUUAGUUGCCUAGUAUUAUAGUUACAUAUCUGCAAGACUUAUUAGAUCCCAAGUGUUCGGGGUGGAUUAUAUAGCAAGUUUAUUAUUUCAGUAUAGGUGCUUAAGUAGGCCACAAUAAAAGGACCAGAAAGAUCCCAACGUUGCCUGAUGGGCAAUCAGUUGCUUUUGUUAGAGGCAUUUUUCAGAUCCUUAAGUCAAUGUUGGCAGCUAUUAUUAUGUUAUUUAUAAAGACAUUUAUUUAUGUGGUG